AUGGUGAUGCUCCUUAUAUUUUUCAUGCAAAAACUUAAAAAUCUCAAGCAUAUUCUCAAGGAAUGGAACUGGAAGGUUUUUGGUGAUUUAAAGGUCAAAAUUCAAGAAGCAGAACAGAAUGUCAAGGCAACAAUGGAGACUUCAGAUCAUAAUCCUCGUGAUGAACAAGCACUGCAUGAUUUGGUUAAUACUCAAAAUGAACUCAAUUCAAGAGAAACUCAAUACAAUACAAUGUUGCAAAAAAAAUCUAGAAUAAAGUGGGUGAAGGAAGGGUCAGCAAACACUGCUUUCUUCCAUUCUAAUAUUAAAAUCAGACAAACAAGAAAUACCAUCUGUGAAUUGGAAGAUGAAAAUGAAAAUCUGAUAUCUGAUCAGAAAAAGAUUGCUGACAUAUUGGUUGAUUUUUUUGAAAAAAGAUUUCAAGCUCAAGAUAUUGAAGUUAAUGAAGAUAUUCUUGAUGUCAUCCAAAAUGUUAUUACUGAAUCAGAUCAAUUUAUGCUUGAAGUAAUUCCUGAAGCAGAUGAAAUAAAGGCAGUUGUUUUUGAUAUGGAUGGAGAUAGUGCCCCUGGACCAGAUAGCGUCUCUGGAAUGUUCUAUAAAGCAUGUUGGGAUAUCAUUCAACAAGACUUCAUUAAUGUUAUUCAAUAUUGCUGGAGGAGAAGAAUGGCUUGUCUCAUGCAUAAGCUAGUUUCUCCUCAACAAGUAGCAUACAUUAAAGGUAGAAACAUCCAUGAACAAAUUUUGCUAGCUUCUGAACUAGUGAAUGAGAUGAAGAAAAAAAGAAGGGGAGGUAACCUAAGUUUGAAACUUGAUAUCUCACAAGCCUAUGAUUCAGGGGCUCAAGCAAGGAGAUCCACUAUCUCCAUUUUAUUUGUUCUAAUUGAGGAGGUUUUAAGCGGAGGGUUAACUAAACUGGUAGAAACAAGAAAGUUACAACCAAUGGUUACAAGAGAUGGAAUUGCUCCUACCCACAUACUAUUUGCUGAUGAUAUUUUUCUUUUCAAUAAUUGCUCAAAAAGAAGUAUUGAAAAUCUCUUGAAUCUGAUUGAAACUUAUCAAAAUUGCUCUGGUCAAAUUAUUAACAAGAACAAAAAUAAAAAUUUGGGAAUCAUUAUUCAUCCAGGCAGAAUCAAAUCUGCAUCUGUGUGUCCAAUGGUAGAAAUAAUGCAAGAUUAUUUGGCAGUUUGGAAGGGUGAUGCAGAUGUUAGAAAAUUUAAAACCAUUUCUUGGAGAAGAGUAUGCACUCCAUUUUGUGAAGGAGGAUUGGGUAUUAGAAGGCUCUCAGAUUCUCUUAAAAAUGAUGUCAGAUGGAUAUUAGGCAAUGGAGAACAUAUCUCAGUUUGGUUUGACAUUUGGACUGGUGACUGUCCUAUAAUUGAGAAGAUUGGUUUUACUGAUUAUGUUAACAAUAAUAUUCAGAUGAAAGUAAAGGAUCUAUUACAGAAUAAUGAAUGGGUAAUACCGACUGAAUUGAAAAACUUCAUUUCUCUGCCAUUGCCUAUUAUAAGUGGUGCUCAUGAUAACAUUAUUUGGAGUGGUGAUAUAAAGGGUAAUUUCCCAACAACAGCAGCAGUCAACAAAGUUAGACACAAAGAACAAAAGAUUCAUUGGCCUUCUCACAUCUGGAAAUCCUUUCUUCAUCCUGGUAUCUCAAGCAACAUUUGGAAAAUCCAGCAAGGUGUUUUCAUAGAUGAUCAGAAGAAAAUUACUCAAGGCUAUGAUACGGUGUCUAUGUGCUGUGUAUGCAAACAAGAUCAAGAAGAACUAAAUUUACUACCAUUAGAGUGUUGUUGGUUGAAUCCUCCAAAGAAUUUUGUUUUGUUCUGCUGUGAUGGUGCUGCAGCAGGAAAUCCAGGAUUAGCAGGAUUUGGUGUAAUAGCAAGAGACCAUGAUUGUGCAGUUAUUGGUACCGUUUCAGGAGGACUUUGA